CGCUGGUCUGCACCGCGCAGUUUGACGUCGAGCAUGUCGUUCUGGUGCUACUUCUCUAGCAUAGUAGAAACGAAACCGCUUAUUCAGCGGACCCGUUCAAUCAUUUGCGACGUUAUUUCAGACAUUAUUUGCAUUUUCUGCAUAAGCUGACGUAAAGUGCAGAAUUGACAUGGCUUGUGCUCAACGCUAUCUAAACAAAGUUGUCAUCGUUACUGGAGGAUCUAAAGGCAUCGGAAGAGGCGUCGUUAAAGUGUUCGUCCAGAAUGGGGCAAAAGUUGUGUUCUGCGCACACGAGGUGACAGAUGGUCAGUCUCUGGAGUGUGAGCUGAACAAGGAAGGACCGGGCUCGUGCAUGUUUGUGUCUUGUGACAUGUGUAAAGAGGAUGACAUUAAGCGAUUAAUAAAUGUAACGGUGGGCCGGUUUGGACAAAUAGACUGUUUGGUAAACAACGCUGGGUGGCACCCCCCUUACAAGGCCAUAGAUGACACUACUGCAGAAGAGUUCAAAGACCUGCUUAAUCUGAACCUCAUUGGUUACUUUCUUGCUUCUAAGUAUGCCCUACCCUACUUGCGCAAAACGCAAGGUAAUAUUAUCAAUAUUUCCAGCCUGGUCGCAUCGAUAGGUCAGAAAGGUGCUGCUCCUUAUGUUGCUACCAAGGGGGCGAUCAUUGCCAUGACUAAAGCGAUGGCUGUUGACGAGAGUCGGUAUCAAGUACGAGUCAAUUGCAUCUCUCCAGGUAAUAUAAUGACACCUUUGUGGGAGGAGCUUGCUAGCCACACUGAAGACUCUUCUGCUACUAUUAAAGAGGGAGAAAAUGCACAACUGAUUGGUCGAAUGGGAACGGAGGCUGAGAGUGGACUGGCUGCCCUCUUCCUGGCAGCUGAUGCCACUUUCUGUACUGGAAUAGACUUGCUUCUGAGUGGAGGGGCUGAACUUAACUACGGUUUCAAAAGCCAGGUUCCAUAAUUGAAGACGACUCAUAAAAUAACAGUUUCAUUCCACUAAGUGUUUGCCUUACAGUGCUGCUUUUAAAUGAUUAUUUGGUUUUUUAGCAAUUAAUUCAUAAGACUAUACUUUCUAAAUCAAUGCACUCUUGUAAAAUCAUAGUUUUAAUUAAAGUUUGAUUAGUAAACUAUAGUGUUUACCAUUUGCAGUGCCAAACACUGUUAAUCAGUAGAUUCUCUGGUUAAUAACUCUGGAUAAGUACAUCAUUUUAUACCCUUAGAUUCCUAUUGAUUUAUACAUGUGACAUAUCAUGGCAUUCAUUAUUGCGCGUUUACUAAAAUUCCCAGUAUUCAUGUGAAAACAUGUUUACUACUUUCCAUGUAGCACUUUCAUGCUGACAUUUAAGGUAUGGUGCACAUAAUUGUUACAUUUACAACUGACUACAAUAUUCUGUAGAAAGUGAAAGAUAUUUUCUUAUGAGGUAUCUCAAACAGAAUUAGUUUGAAAUGUAAACGUAUUUAUGUACUGCGUGUUCAAAAUAUUAUAUUCAAAGAAUUAAAAAUACAUAAAUGUUACACGUUUAUCAAAGGGACUUGAUCUAUCUAAACUGUGAUUUAAUGUCCAUGACUGACUUUUACAUUACUAUACACCAGCAAGCUGGUUUGUUACACAAUCAUUACAUGAUUUAAUUUGUUGUAUGUUUCUUACUCUUAAAGGGUUGUGAUUUGCCAGCUUUUUAUAAAUGUAUUUUAUAAAUUGCAAAAAAAUGUACUAAAUAAAAAGCAUUUUUUACGAAUA